UAGUAUAAUAAUCUCCAAUCAAUCUUCCACUAGUAUAGUAGUAUUUACGUACAAAUAUUUCUUUCCAACAUAUAUAGCUCAUUUAAUCAUCUCGAUCAAUGGCAGCUUCAAAUUCUCAAGAUCAAGAUCAAUUGGAAAACGAGUUGCAAAAACAAACAUUGUGGUUUGAUAGGCCAUUACAAUUUCACGAGAGUUUUUGGUGUUCAAGUCUUGCUUUGAAAGGAAUAAUCUCAUUCCAAACCCAUUUUCAAGCUCAUGAUAAUGAUAUCAUUUUAGCUAGCCUACCCAAAACUGGUACAACAUGGUUAAAAUCUCUCCUUUUUUCUGUUGUCAAUCGCACAAAUUUAUCUCAUGAUAUUUCUCAACACCCUUUAUACACCAAAAAUCCUCAUGAACUUGUCCUCCAUCUCUAACUUCAAAAUUUCCAAAACACUCUAGAAAAUCUACAACCGAAUCUAUGUAGUAGCGCAAAAAUGGACCAAGUACCCUUACUACCAGGCCCCCGCCCCUACUUACUACCUAGAAUAUUUGCUAGCCACUUACCAUAUACAUCAUUGCCAGAAUCCAUAAAAACCUCGAAAUCUCGAAUUGUUUAUGUUUGUCGAAAUCCUUUAGACACUUUUGUAUCAUUAUGGCAAUUUUUCUUGCAACUUGAAACACGUAACAAUAUUAGUACAUCAAAUAUGGACAUGAAUAUGAUGGAGGAACAUUUAGAUAAAUAUUGUAAGGGGACAUUCCCAUAUGGGCCUUAUGAUGAUCAUGUGAUUGGGUAUUGGAAGAAGAGUGUAGAAAACCCAGAAAAGGUAUUGUUUUUAGAAUAUGAAGGGAUGAAAAAGGAACCAAAAGAUCAUCUGAAAAAGUUGGCUAAAUUUGUGGGUUACCCAUUUUCAGAGGAAGAAGAAAAAGGGAAUAUUAUAGAUGAGAUCAUAGAAGUUUGUAGCCUUAAAAGUUUGAAGGAAAUGGAGGUCAAUAAGAGUGGCAAGUAUUUUUCUGUAUUUAAGAACAAGGUUUUUUUCCGGAAAGGUGAGGUUGGAGAUUGGACCAAUUACUUGACUCCUUCAAUGGCUAAGCGAUUUGAUGAAAUGCAAGAAAAGCUUAAUGAGGCUGGUUUUUCUUCUUCAUACUAUCAACCUAACCAGUAACUUUGUUGUUG